CCUCUCUCUCUCACACACACACACACACACACACACACACACACACACACACACACACACACACACACACACCGCCGGUGCCAUCGAGCAGCACGUUUCUUUUUGUGCGCUGUGCAGACUUCUGGCCGCGGGGCUUUUGCGGCUUUCGCAUUCUCUGCGCUGCGCGCUCCCGGCUUUUGUGCGAAAGGGGGACAACGGAGGGCGGAUGAAGACCAACACAAAGAUCUUCAUGUCUGGGGUUUGAAAGCGGAUCCCUUAAUCCAGACUGCCCCCCCCCCCAUCGUUUUUUUUUUAGUUGUUGUUGUUUGUUUGUUUUUGGCACCAUGGAGUCUGUGGAGAAGGAGUGCGGGGCGCUGGGUGGAUUGUUCCAGGCCAUCGUGAGCGACAUGAAGAGCUCUUACCCCGUGUGGGAAGACUUCAGUGCCAAGGCCACAAAACUGCACUCUCAACUCAGGACCACCAUUCUGGCAGCGGUGGCCUUCCUAGAUGCCUUUCAGAAGGUGGCAGACAUGGCCACCAACUCCAGAGGUGCCACCAGGGACAUCGGCUCAGCUCUGACCAGGAUGUGCAUGCGACACCGCAGCAUCGAGACAAAACUACGCCACUUCACCAAUGCUCUUAUGGAAAGCCUGGUUACGCCACUCCAGGACCGAAUAGAGGAAUGGAAGAAGACGGCAAAUCAGCUGGACAAAGACCACGCCAAAGAAUACAAGCGGUCUCGCCAGGAAAUCAAGAGGAAGUCGCUAGAUACCAUUAAACUCCAGAAAAAAGCCAGAAAAGAGCUUCUAGGGCGGGGAAACCUGCGCCCGCAGCUGGACAGCGCCAUGCAAGAUGUCAGCGACUUGUAUCUGCUGAUGGAGGAGACGGAGAAGCAGGCUGUGCGCAGGGCGCUCCUGGAGGAGAGAGGCCGCUACUGUACAUUCAUCAACCUGCUGCAGCCUGUGGUGAAUUUGGAGAUCGCCAUGCUGGGAGAGAUAAUACACCUGCAGCCAAUUGUCGAUGACCUCACUGUGCUGACGGAAGACCCACACAAGCUGCCGCUGGCCAGUGAGCAGGUGGUCCGGGACCUGAAAGGCUCCGACUACAGCUGGUCCUACCAGACCCCCCCUUCCUCCCCCAGCAGCAACGGCUCCAGGAAGAGCAGCAUGUGCAGCAUCCUCCAGAUGCCCUCUGCAGGUGCCCAUCGGCUCAGCAGUGUCUCCUCCCACGACUCCGGCUUCGUGUCUCAGGACGCCAACCCCCAGUCUAAGCCUCCGUCGCCUAUGCCCUCUGACAUCGCCAGCCAGAAAUCCAUGAGCUCAGCCUCCUCUGAGGCCUCAGAAACCUGCCAGUCUAUCAGCGAGUGCAACUCUCCCACAGUGUUUGGCUCAUGCUCAUCCUUCGGUACCUUCCGCCCUGCUUUCUCUCACACUGGCACCAUGAGGCCUCUCUCUGUCAUACUUCCUGCGUCCCCUACAUUUAACCACUCCCUCGGAUCCAACACCCCCUCACCCACAUCAAAGAUUCCUAGCUGGAAGGACUGGGCCAAAUCCUGUGAGCCGUCACUGGCCACCACUCUGCAGCGUAGGAGGCAGUCUGCGGAUAAGAUGAGAGAGCCGGAUGCUCCGCCCAGUCCGCUGGGGUAUUCUGGGACGCAGCCGGAGGAGCCACAGAGAGGGAGAACCGUCCCGGGAACCAUUGCAGCCAAGCACGGGGAGCCGCUCUCCCCGGCGGCCAGCACUCUGGCGAUGGUUCUGACCAGAGGCUUGAGCAUGGAGCAGCAGAAGAGCAGCAGGGACUCGCUGCAGUACUCCAGCGGCUACAGCACCCAGACCAACACCCCCUCCUGCUCCGAGGACACCAUACCCUCACAAGGUUCGGACUAUGAGUGCUACUCACUCAACGGCGAUGCUGACCGCGAAGGACAGGCAGACUUUGACAAGUCGUCCACCAUCCCGCGCCACAGCAACAUCGCUCAGAGCUACCGCCGCAUGAUCCAAACCAAGAGGCCGGCCAGCACGGCGGGUCUGCCGGCAGGUAAGGCCUUGCAGUGCGCUCCCAACGGCGCGGCCAGGAGCAGCGCCGGGGCCGUUGCCUCGGGGACGGCAACCAUUCGCCGGACUCCGUCGUCGAAAACCGGAGUGAGACGCACGGCGUCCACGUCCGGCCCCAUUCCCAUCAGGCCGCCCAUUGUGCCGGUCAAAACCCCAGCAGUGCCACCAGAUUCACCGGGCCGCGCCGGCCCGUCCCAGCACCGCGCGGGCAGCGAGGAGUUCCUCUACGGGGACGACCCGAUCGGUGGCGACUACACCAGGGCCACUUCGAAGCGGAUGAGCCUCCCCGGCGCGGGCUGGGGCUGCCGGGGGGCGGACCGGAGCGUUUACGGCCAGCAGGCCCCCAGCGUGGCCCCCAGCGUGGCCCCCCGCGGCUCCGAGGAGGACCCUCUGCUCGCCGGCAACCGCCACAGCCUGGUGGAGAAGAUAGGGGAGCUGGCCGCCAGCGCCCACGCCCUCGGCGAGGGCCACUUCCCUUUCCACAGCCCUCUACCAGGGGACCCGUCCCCCGCGACCGAGGAGGACACGGACAUGCUGGUGACCAUACGCCGGGGGGUGCGGCUCCGCAAGGCGGUGACCGACGACCGGUCCACUCCCAUGUUCCUGCGGUAGCUGCUGUGGAGCCCUUUUCUUUUUUCUUUGUUUAACAAACUGAAGCUUCGUAGGGAAAUGCAACAGCACUCGUGUGAUACACGCACGCAGGUACAAGUCAUAAAGGAGGCCAGUUCGCAGAGCAAUGGGUGACCAUGGACAGCGUCUUCAUUCCAUGUUAUGUAUGUAUUGUGUACGUACAAAGUAAUCCAUAUUAUUUUGGUUUUUAUCCCUCUCUUUUGUUCUUGUCUUCGGGCUUUGUGGCUGUGCACCUCGGUUUGUCCCCCUUUUGGCCCCAGUGAUGAGGACAUCGCUGCUGAAGGGGUUGACUGUCCUUGUUCUUGCUCUUAUGGUCAUUUAUAUUAUUGUGCAUUUGUUAAUCAACAUAGCCAGCGCUCAGUGGGAAGUGAUGGGCAGUGAAGCGCUCUGUGGGCCCGUCUGUAUGUUGUGUUUCUCAUCAUUACUGUAUGUACCGUAUGUACUGUACUUUGUUGGAUAAGCUGAACAGCAGCUUUGUAAGUCGUGUAAAAUAGGAGCAAUAUGGCAGUGCUUUUAUUGCUGUACUGUACAGUCAAUAUAUUCUGCAAUUAAACAGCUUUUUACUAUUAAA